ACGGACCUGCCUCCGCCUCCGCCUCCUCCUCCCGCUCCCAGCCUCUGCCUCUGCCGGUGCGGGCCCAGCAGUGCGAGAGGGAGCGAGCGCGGGAGGGAGCGCGUCAGCCAGCCGGAGUCCGGGCUCUCCCUCGCGGCGGCGGCGGCGGCAGCGGCAGCAUGUCGGGCCGGUCGGUGCGGGCCGAGACCCGCAGCCGCGCCAAGGAUGAUAUCAAGCGGGUGAUGGCGGCCAUCGAGAAAGUGCGCAAAUGGGAGAAGAAAUGGGUGACAGUUGGUGACACAUCCCUCAGGAUUUACAAAUGGGUACCAGUAACAGAGCCCAAAGUAGAUGAUAAAACCAAGAACAAGAAAAAAGGUAAAGAUGAAAAGUGUGGAUCUGAAGUUACUACUCCAGAGAACAGCUCGUCUCCUGGGAUGAUGGAUAUGAAUGAUGAUAACAGCAACCAGAGUUCCAUAGCUGAUGCUUCACCAAUAAAACAAGAGAACAGCAGCAAUUCUAGUCCUCUGCCAGAGCAGAACUCCACAGGGCAGGCAGAUGGCCCUGGAACAAAAUCUGACGACACUCAAGCAGAUGCAAAAGAGGAGCCUGGUUCAGAAGAUGCUUCUGAUGAACAGAACUCACAAUCUUCAAUGGAGAAUUCCAUGAAUAGUUCAGAGAAAGUGGAAACUCAACCUUUGGCAGAAAAUGAUAUAACCACAGAUGCAUCUAAAAACUCUCAGGACUCUGAAGGAGCGCCACCUUCAAAAAAGAUGAAAGUAGAGGCUCCCUCUCAACAAAACGUUGAUGAAAUAUAGACACUAGAUUUUUCCUGGCCAGUUUUUAUGUAAGGUACAUCAGUGGGCUAAAUUAUAUAGAACAACCAUAUUUACAUAUAUUCUCUUGGAUGAGGACAGAACUCCUAUGAACUUUUCAAGUUACCAAGCAAAAAUCCAAGAAACCAAGCAAAGGCAUAAUCUCUUCAGGCACUGAAAAGUUUUCUUUUCUGUGAAGCAAAACGUUGAGAAUUUAAGUUACUGUCUCUGAAAUGGUUGGAGUAAACAACUCAGGAGGGGUCUACGCACUGUUUCUAAUGUCAAAAUUACAAUUAUGUUGCUGCUGUAUUUUAUCACAUUCUCUAUUUAACAUUAUAAGAUAUUUAAGGAUGGUACAGGUCAGGUCUUCUCAUGUGAAGUUCAUCCUUCUGAUGUGAUGUCUGCUUUUUUCUUUUUUGUGUGUGCCUUGUGUUCCAAAACAAAAAAACAAAACAAAACCAGUGCUAAUUUUUAAAACUUGUUUUUGACAGUUCUCUCCUCUGCAGAGUGGCCUACGGUUUGUACAACGCCAUAUAGGAAACUUUUCAUUGUGUUUGUUUUGUUUGUUUCUAUUUUAUACCCUGGUGCUUACUAUUUUAACAUAAGAGCUAUUGUGAGAGAAAUCAGGAAGCCAUUUUCACUGUUGGAGUCCAGAGAGAACCAUACAGCUGACGCUUGAUUUUUCUGCAUCCUCAGGGAUGACUUAUUUUUAAUGCAUCAAUUUGAGCCACCAAGACCCUCUUCUGGCAACCUCCACAGAAAUGCAUGCAAGUUACACAGUAACAAUAGCUUUGAAUAUUUUCCUGAUGGCAUGCCUCCCCUUGGCUGAAUAAUGUAGUCUUUUAAAACAGAUAUACCUAAAGUGAACAUGCUCUGCUGUUUACUUACCUUGGUGCUGGUUUGGAAAAGUAUUGAAGCAAAUUAUGCGUUUUAAGUACUAGAUCUAGAUAACUUUAUCAGAGUCUUUUUUAAAAAGUGGGUCAACUAUAAAUACAGGUACAAAUAGGCAUAUGUAUUAUGACAGAUGUAGUUUUGAUUGAAAUGAAUUUCAUUGUACUGUUCUUUUACAAUCAGUUUACUGAUACUCCAGGCAAUACUGUACUUGAGGCUUACUUUUGUUUCAAGAGUAGCUUGUAAAUACAGUCUUGUUACUUCUGUAAUCUCUUCUUCAGACAUCUCUCAGUUUUUGAAAAGUUCAGUUUUAUUUCUUGCAUGUUUGACUUGGCAGGAGGCAGUGUGUAAAUCAUAUCCAUGCUACACAGCCAUUGAAUAUGCUGAACCAUCUAUCCAUAUCAGAUGCUUCAAUGCGACUUGUAAUCACUAGUAUAACCACACAGUGGUGACUAAUUCCUUUUGAAAUCAGUGCAACUUUAGUUGUAACGUUUUAGACAUUCCCAAUGGGGCUUAAUUGCGACUAGAACUAGCUGGGGUCUGGCUUAUUAUGUUUUGCACAUCUAAAGAGGUGUUGAGCCCUUAAACCUCCAUUUGAUGGCUGGGGAAAAUAUGUGUGUGAAUGGAAAACACAGAGGUGGCAUAAGGAAGCAAUGUGUCUUGAUAACUAUGAAGCUGCAACCUGCAGCCGUAAAUGUGGUUGCAUUUAAUUUACAAUGGAAGUACUGGGUGACCUUUUUAUUUUUAAGGAAAAACAACCUGCCUCCAAUCAAAACACUGCAUAAAAGUAAUUUACUAAGCUUUAUUUCUGAUUUCUCCAGCGGUGAAAAUGGCUUGAGCUUUAACUACUGUAAUGCAUUUGCAAUGAAUUCCGAGAAAAGUUAGAAGAGGUGGAGGUGCCAAUUCUGACCUUCCAUCACAACAUUUUUUAAGCUGCAAAGAAACUGGCUAUACGCCCAAGGCUGAUAUAUUUUUUAAUGUUAAAGCAAACAUUUUGCAUCUCAUCAAAAUUAAAAUUGGCUGUGAAUUGUUCAUGAAAGCAGUGUGCUCCCUCCAAAGUCUCUUUGUGCUUCGAUCACAAAAUUCAUUUAAUAUCAAAAAGAGCUGUUAUAUUUGCACAGUAUACAUAAAGGGUAAACUGGUUUCCCCAGCCCUUGAAUUGUGUAUCUGCUUCAGAAAUGUGGGUUAUGACUGGUUAAAUGGCAAUCGGUAUGGACACUAAAUCCAUAUUUAACCAGGGUUCGUUUUUUGAAAACAUAUUGGCUGAUCUAUGACAUAGACAAAUAUAUUUUUGAACUUUAAAAUUGUAAUUAUGUAGCUUUUAAUUGAUCAGUGCUAAAAUGUCAGUGGGUUGGAAACCACUGUUGAUAUGUUGUCAUGCCCAGUAGUUGCUGUCUGUACAAGCUUCAAUUUUGUGGUUGUGUUUUUGAUUUGUUUUACACAGGUUUCCAAGAAAGUAGAUAGGCUUUUUAAAUUUCAGAGCUGAAUCCUGUACUUAAUAAAAUAUAAAUAGCACUAAAAUACCUCAAUUUUUUUUCAUUAGGUAGAAAUGUUUAUUGGCAUUACUGACACUGAUAAGCUUCGUGAUGAAACUGGCUUCUUAAUUCCUACUAUACUUUCUUUCCUCGGUUAUGUGUCAGCCAUUCACUAAGGCCUGCCGCCGCCACACAAUUCCCAGUGUCUUUCAGUUGGGCUCGCUUGUGAAUUGAGACCUGCAAAUGAAAGAUGGGUGGCAGUAGCCUUUGAUGAACUGUGCAAUCAUUUUCCUAUUCCAUGACUCAAGAAAAAGAAAACCAGCAUAACCACAGUGGUUAGUGGCUCUGCUUUGAUUUGCAAUGUUAGAUAUUUGGAUACUCUAUCAAGAAAUAGGGGUUGGAGAAAGCAAAUGGAAUUGGACUCCUUGCACCCAUUAGUAUCAGUCUGCACCCUUUUAUCAGGAUGGAGGAAGAUUUUGAUGCUGUUUGGUAUGCAGAAAUUUAAAAAAUGUGCAUGCUGUAACUACUCUGCCUUUUGAUAGGCCAUUUGGAUGUGCAGUUCAAACACAUUUUUAAUGCUUGAAAGUUAUAGUUUAAAUUGAACCAGCAAGGAAGGGAUCUUGCAACCUUUGAGAUUUGGUACUGGGUCCAGCUCCUUGGUUUGCUGCCAUCUUUUGGGAUUUUGUUUUAUGGGCUUGCUUGGAAAAGGCUGAAUUGAUAGCAGUGGGGAAGGGGUGAGGAGAGUCUCAACACACCUUGCAUCUGAGUGACUGGAAGUUCUCAGGCAGGCAAUAGGUGGUGUCCACCAAACACACAGCUGUGCAAUCUGUGCUCAUUUCAGUGGAGGUCAUGCAGCAUCACUGGUUGGUGGGUUGAAUCUGACUCUUUUUUUUUUAGAAAUAGCGUGAAUAUCAAGAAGUGCUUCCUUAUCGACACACUGGGCAUUUGGACACUCAGUUACUCUCAAACUACAUCUGUAUACAUAAACUAGCAAGGUAGCUGAUCUUUGUGGGUUGUGGGGUGAGGAGGAAGACCUUCUAGAUGGGCAAUUUACUCAGUCAAAACAUUUUAUAGCAGAACUGUUCAUUUUGAAGUUCUUAAUAAGGGUGGGGGAAUAGUUGUUAACAUUCCAAAAAGUGCUGGCACUUAACAACAACAACCAGUCAGUGAGGCAGCAUAAAAAUUACUGGCUUUUGUGGUAGUUUGCUUCAUACAGAAACAUUGUCAUGUUUUAGAAUGUUCUUUAUAUCUAAAGCCCUGCUAGAAGGUGUAAAGAAUUUUGUGGGUUCUUUUCAUUACCUAAUUGUUUUUCCACCUUAAUGAUUUUGUGUGUUGUACAGCAGUAUAAUUUUUCACUUAUUUAUUCCAUCAGUAGCUAUGGUUUGUACAAUGUACAAUGGUUUCAUUAAAAAAAUAAACUUUAAAGUCACAACACAAAA